UUGAACGGCGGCGGCGAGAGCAGCGCGGUGAAGGAGCGCGUGGAGCUGCUGCGCGGGCUGGUGGAGGGCGAGAAGAGCGACUACAACCGCGAGAAGCUGCAGGAGCGUCUGGCGAAGCUGAGCGGCGGCGUGGCGGUGAUAAGGGUGGGCGGCGGCUCUGAGGUGGAGGUGAACGAGAAGAAGGACCGCAUCACUGACGCCCUGUGCUCCACCCGCGCCGCCGUGCAGGAGGGCAUUGUUCCCGGCGGCGGUGUGGCGCUGCUGCGCACGUGCAAGGCGCUUGACAACUUGCUCGGUGACUCGUCACUCACGGCGGACCAGCGCACCGGCGUGCAGAUCAUCCGCAACGCCGUUCGGCUGCCUGCGCACACAAUUGUGCAGAACGCCGGGAAAGAGGGCGCUGUGGUGGUGGAGAAGGUUCUGGAGGCCAAUGAGGCCGCCGUUGGCUACGACGCGCAGCGUGACCGCUACGUGAACAUGUUUGAGGCGGGCAUCAUUGACCCCACCCGCGUCGUCAUUGCGGCGGUCACCGACGCCGUUUCCGUCGCUAGCCUGAUGAUGACUGCGGAGGCCGCUGUCGUGGACUUGCCCAAGGAAGAGAGCCCUGCGGCCGGUGGCAUGGGUGGCAUGGGCGGCAUGGGUGGCAUGGACGGAAUGUUCUAG